AUUUGUGUAAAUGUGACACACAUUUAAAAUGUUCUUGCGUUCUCGCGACGUUAUAACAAAUCGAAACUAGACAUUAAUUAGGGUAAGCUUCCUGUAUAAACGUUUGUUAUUGUUAAUGUUUGUAUUAUUAUUAAACAUACCCAGAAUCAACGAUGUGUAGUUUGUAUUUAGUGGACAGCCUUGAAUGUUGAACUACAGAAUAAAAUAUUAAGGUUUAAAUAAUUCUUCUUGAUUCGCAAGUGAAAACUCGUAGAGACAAGAUGGAAACCAAACUUCCGGUCAUCCUAUUUCUUCUAGUAGUUAAACACCAAACUUUAAAAACAGAAGCCACUCCUAUAGCCGAAGUGAACGUAAGCAAUUUCAAAGAUGACUGGAACUACAAAGUCGAGCCAAAUAAAAUGCCAGUUUUGAGCGAAUCGUCAAAAAAUCAUAAUUUGCCUCCACCAACCAAGGUCGAGAUACCGGAGAAGAAGUUCGUCAAGCCGGCUCCACUACCAGAACGAGUCGCUAAAAAAAUCGGAGAUGCUGUUAGAGCACGAGUUUCUUGCCCGAUAUGUAGAUUAGGAGUGGGCCUCUUACAAAAGGAAGUCAAAAAGAAUACGAGCUUUGAGGACAUUAGAAGCAAAUUUGUGGGACUUUGUGUUGCCUUCAAAGUCGAAAGUGAGGACGUGUGCACUGGAAUUUUCGAUGUUUUUGGACCCGAUGUCUUGCCGGCACUCAGAGUCGUACAAAUUGGUCCUGACGAGAUCUGCGCUCUAGUCCUUGGAGAAGUCUGCGGCAAUGUUAAAAUCCCUCUCCACGAGUGGCAAGUGGAAUUUCCUGAUGUUCCCAAACCAAACAUCACUAAACGCGACCUACCAAAAGCCGGUUUGCCGACUUUCAAGGUUUUGCAAAUUUCUGAUACACACUUUGACCCCGAUUAUGUCGUUGGUAGUGUGGCCAACUGCGAGGAGCCUCUCUGUUGCAGAAGUACCAGUACUCCACCUUUGGUUGGUCAAGUAGUACCAGCCGGAAAAUGGGGGAGUUACCAAAAGUGUGACGCACCAAAAAUUUUGAUUGACAACAUGUUGAAAAACAUAGCGGAAGAACAUCCUGAUAUAGAUUAUGUUAUUUGGACUGGCGACUUGCCUCCUCAUGACAUUUGGAACCAGACCAAACAAAGCAACUUGGAUAUACUCAGUGAAACUGUGGAGCAAAUGUUUGAACAUUUCCCCAACACUCCCAUUUUUCCUGCUUUAGGUAACCAUGAAUCUAUCCCAGCUGGAAGUUUCGCCCCACCAUGGGUCCAAGAUCCCGACAGGUCCAUCGCUUGGUUGUAUACCAAGGUGGCUGACCAUUGGAGGAAAUGGUUACCAGCUAGUGCAGGAAAUACGGUACUCCAUGGAGGGUUCUAUUCUGUUUUAAUCAGACCCGGAUUCCGAAUUAUUUCACUUAAUAUGAACUACUGUCACACCCUUAGCUGGUGGCUUGUAGUCAACAGUACCGAUCCUGCUAAAGAAUUAAAAUGGCUAGUGCACGAGUUGCAAGAAGCUGAAAAUAAGGGCGAGAAAGUCCAUCUUAUUGGUCAUAUUCCACCUGGAAGUUCCGACUGUAUGAAAGUGUGGUCCCGCAACUUCAAUAAAAUAAUAGAACGGUAUGAAAACACGAUCCAAGCUCAAUUCUACGGUCACACACACGCAGAUGAAUUUGAAGUUUUGUACGACGUUGAAGAAAGUAGUAAGGGAGAAGAGAAAAAUCCAAAAUUCCGACGGAAAUAUAAAAAAACUUUAAAAUUUACAGGCCGACCAAUCAGUGUAGCUUAUUUGGGACCUUCAGUUACAACUUUCGAGGAUCACAAUCCAGCUUAUCGCAUAUAUUAUGUAGAUGGUGACCAUGAAAAUACUACAAGAGAAAUACUGGAUCAUGAAACCUGGACUAUUGACUUAGAGGAGGCCAAUAAGAAGAACAGUGACUCGAAAUGGUAUCGAUUAUACUCGGCUAAAAAUGCCUACAAAAUGGAUUCUCUCCGACCGGAAGCUUGGGCAAAACUCAUAAACGACCUAGUCGAAAACCCAGAUUUAUUCGAAUUAUUUUACAAACAUUAUUAUAGAGACAGUCCAGUGAGACCAACCUGUGACCGUAAAUGUAAACUCCAAAUUUUGUGUGACCUUAAAAGUGGAAGAUCUCAUGUCAAACACCAGUUAUGUCACGAUUUAGAGUUAACUUUUGGCUCUUAAAUAAAAUUUUAUUUCCUA